AUGACAGUUCCUGUCAGUGUAUACAAUUAUGCUCGAUUUAAUCCAUUCGAUCCAAGCACCAUGUUUGCUAACUUCGUCUCGAUUAAUUCAGAAAGUGCUUGUCUUUGCGAAUGCUACAACAAUACAUUGUGUAUGACGGCAACUUAUUCUGCCAUCAAUCAAACAUGUUCAUUAUACUCAGUACAAUUAAAUGAAGGACAAUUACAGGUGGUGCCUAUUAUAUUCAAUACAAAGGUGUUCAACUUCAGAAACAGAAGCGUUAUCACAACUACAACUACAACUACAAGCACGACGACAUCGACUGUCACAACAACCACAACAUCGUGUACUGGGCAGGGUGUCGGCUCAUUACUUUCUGUUAGUGGAUCAAUCGGAUGGACUUAUUAUUCGCAUAAUUAUACAGCAACGGUACUAGCACCUGUCCUUCAAUUUGCUGUUCAGGGUGGUCCAGCAGCAGAAACUGUUUAUCUGGAUGAUGUCUCUGUAGUUGCCAUCAGUCAACCGACAAUUCAAUUGCUUAACAAUCCUAGCUUUGAAAUGUCAACAUCAAGCCCGAUCGAUUGGGUAAUGUGGUGUACAUCUUCGUGUGUGGGUGGUGGCGAUGGAGGCCAAAUUAUAACUUCUGGCUGCCACAAUAAUUCUGGUAAUAACUGUUAUACAAGUCAUUGUCAGACUGGUUUCAAUUUUCUUGGUCAAUCAUUUUCGGCAGUAGUUGGCAAUAUUUACAAAAUUUCAUUUUGGUACUAUAAAACAGGAGGACCCGCUGGAAAACUCUAUGUCGAUAUGGUAUAA